AGCCCCGCCGUGCCCCGCUCCUAGUCUCAUCCCGUCCCGUCGAGUUAGGGCAAAGGGGGAGCGAUGAGCGAUCCGUCGGUGUGUAGCUUCUUCACCAAGACCCUGUGCGCGCACGGCGGGCGGCUGGAGCUGUCGGAGCUGCGGCAGCUCGUCGGUCUGUCGGCGCAACAGCUGGAGGAGACGCUGUCGGCGGCGGGCCCCCAGCGGUUCCUGGUGCAGCGGGACGGCGGCGGCGUGUGUGUGCUGGCCGUGUCGGCCGUGCGGGUCUGCCUCCGCAGGGACUGCGGGGGCUGCGACCGGCUGCACCUCUGCAAGCUGCACCUCAUGGGCAAGUGCAACCUGGGGCCCAGAUCUUGUAAGUACCCGCACAACAUCAUCAAUGCUGAGAACAAAAAAGUUCUAAAGACCCAUGAGUUGUCUAGCCUUGACGAGAAUGAGCUGCGAGUCCUGCUUCUCCAAAAUGACCCUGUCUUCCUCCCUGAUAUUUGCCAACUUUACAACAGAAAGGAUAGUAACUGCAGCCAGCAGAAUAACUGUAACAAGCUUCAUGUUUGUCGACACUUUCUCCAUGGGGAAUGUAGAUUUUUUUGCUGCAAGAGGUCCCAUAACCUCUUGGAUACCAAUUCAUUGAGAGUGUUGGAAACCGGAGGCAUUGAUGUGAAGAUAGCUUCAAACAUGCAGACUAUAUGUAAUCACAAGCAUAUGGAAUUCAUCAAGGAACUGAAGAAGGGGAAAAUGCUGUUCAUUCAGUCUUCUCAUGCAGGUCCCAGAAGCCAUGCACCUGGUCAGCAACAACACCAGUUUCCAACAGGAGCUGAAGGUAAAGAUGGAGAUAGGUGCCGUUACACAGGUGUUGUGGGCUAUUCCAGCGGGCAGCUAGGCAACGCACAGCCACACGCUCACUUCCCCCUCACCACUUGUGGAUCAGGGGAAGAGGAAAAAGAGAAAGCGACCUCAAGAAAACUUGAGUGUCAAGAACAGGAGAAAGCGAAGGAUAAAAAAGGUGAUUCCUCUUCUAAAGCUUCAAAGGACAACAAAGAAGAGAAGUGUGAUCAGAUAUGUGUGUUCUAUGUCUGGAAGUACUGCAAACAUAAAGAUAAAUGCAGAUUUGUUCAUUACCACUUGCCGUAUCGAUGGCAGGUAUAUAAUGGGGUGACCUGGAAUGACCUCUCCAUGAUGGAGGAAAUUGAAAAGGCCUAUUGUGACCCACAGACCAGCAGAAUAGUGGGUAAGAACAUUGAUUUCCAGACAAUGACCUGCUGCUCUUCUUUGCUUCGACGCCUCUCUACACCAUCAUCAGUCACAAAACCCACAUUUUUAUUGACCACACAGUGGCUUUGGUAUUGGAAGAAUGACAAAGGCCAAUGGAUUGAAUAUGGAGAACAGGGAGAAGGGGAUAGUGUGAGCUCACCAUCUUCUGCUAUUAUUGAGAACUUGUAUCUAGCGGAUCCAGAUGGCACCAUAUCUUUCCAGGCUGGCUUAUAUAAUUACAAGCUCAACUUUAAAGAAAUGACCCAGACAAACACCUCUUACAAAACUCAAAGACGGGUCUGCAGGCGACCAAAGUUUGUGUCUUCUGAAGAUGUGCAGAAGAUAAAGAAAGGCAGCCAGAGGGAUUCUUCUAUUCCAAAUCAGUCCUGUCCUGUCCACUGGGAUCAGUCUGCACUGCCUGACUUCGGAUACAAGGCAGUGGAGAUCACUGAUACAACUGCUGAAUACAACCAAAUAAAGCAGCUGUUUCAUCAGACUAUGAAGAAAUACAGCAUCCUCAAAAUAAACAGGAUUCAGAAUCCAUCCCUCUGGAAAGUGUUUCAGUGGCAGAAGGAACAGAUGAAAAGGGAAAAUGGAGGGAAGGAAGUAAAUGAAAAGCUCCUUUUCCAUGGAACCAAGACCUCCUUUGUGGAAUCCAUCUGUAUUCACAAUUUUGACUGGAGAAUUUGUGGAAGCAACGGAACUGUCUAUGGGAAGGGAAGCUACUUUGCUAGAGAUGCUUCCUAUUCCCACUCAUACUGUCAGCCUAUGGUGAAAAACAACGUCAUGUUCGUGGCUCGUGUGCUGGUUGGAGACUAUGUUAAUGGCAACACAGCCUACGUGCGCCCCCCGCCAAAGUCUGUCGAUGGGCUCCAGUUUUAUGACAGCUGUGUGGACAAUGAGACAAAUCCCUCCAUUUUUGUUGUCUUUGAAAAAUACCAGAUUUACCCAGAGUAUACAAUAGAGUAUACAGAGGAAGAAAAAAAAUGUAUUGUAUCUUAAAGGGAUCAGAGCUGUUUAUAACCCUUGUCUUAUUUUCUGUAUUGCAGGUGUUCUCAUACUUGGCAACUUCUUUUUGCUAGAAUCCUUUGGAAUGUUAAUCCAAGGAAUUUCUGUAUUGAGGAGGGCUGGCAAAGCAGAUGUUACAUUUGUUGAGACAUUGCCUUGUCUUCUCCUUUUCCUCUCUUAAAUCAAGUUUAGACAUUUAAAUAACCAUAGCAGAAAAAUCAGAAUUGUGGGAUGGGAAAUUGAGUGUUUCAACUUCUGUGGGCAAAUAAUUGUAAAUGCAUUUUCUUAGAGAGUAUUUCUCUUUGCCAACAGCUCAGUUAAGAGAAGAAUUAACAGUACAGUAGUUUUUAAGCAUGCUGUGAGGUUUCUAGUAAUCAAAGAUUCUUUCCAUUGCAGAAUACAGUUGAUCUUCUCAUCUAUCGCAAUUCUAAACAAGUCAGUUUUCAAAAUGCCACUUGUUAAUGCUGAUAUAAGUUUCAAGUUUAAAGUUCUCAAGUGGAGAAGUUUCAUCUGUACAAUGGCAGCUACUGUUUGGAUCAGAAAAUGGUUUGCUCAGAUUCUCUUUGCAGAUCUGCAGUAACUUGCUGUGUGACCUGUAUAAAAAUAGAGCUCAAGUGAAACUGCAAAUCCCAGUCUAUGAGUAAGUAGGUACUAAAAUGUGGUGGUUUGGCUGCAACUAAUGGCCUUAAGUACAUAAAGGCUGUGCCGAAAUAAGGCAGGCUCUCAAGUAAUGUGACCACCUAUUUUCUCAAUGUGAACAUUUGCUUAGCAAAUGCUAUAGGACAGGAGAAACAUCUCAAGAAGCAGAGAUAUUUCCUGCCCUACUUGUAGACGUUAGUUUUCAUUUUUGCAUAAAUAUGACAUGACUGGAAGAACCCUGUUACGUCCUCUGGAGGCCAGUGGUAGAGCUGCUGUUCUAAGACAUACAUGUUUUGUUACCCACGUUGCGUGGGGCAACUUGCUGACGAGCACAGCUCCUCUUUGUAGCUGUGGUGAUCCUGGAUACUGCUUCUCUGAGUCUGAUGUGAUAAAUGUGCUUUGCCUCCAUCAGUGAUGUACAACCCCACCAACAGUGGUUAUGCCUUUUACAAAGUUACAUGCUUUUUAUUGUCCCCAAAAGAAAAUACAGAAACUCAUAGAGUUUCUACUGAAUCUUAAUAAGGAGUCUGUAAGUUAAUGGAACUGAAGAGCCUCUGUACAAAGAUGUCUUCUUCCGGCAGUCUAGUUGUUAAGAGGGAAAGCACUGUGAAGGAUAGAGGAGCAGUAACUUUUGCUUUCAGGUAAGCUUUACAGUAACACAAAUAGCCUCCCACUUACUUGCGUCUUCAAUACAAAUCUGUCAACCACACGUACUACUCAAAGUUUGCAAAUUACCUGGAGGACAGGGAAAUAUAUAAAACUAGGAAAUCUUACUAAGAUUACUGUCUUGAAACUAAAUGAAAAUAUGCAUCAGUAAUGCAUUAAAAAGGGAAGAUUUUACCACUUUCACGUUUUUCUGUAGAGUUCCCGAAUCAUUUAGUUUUGACAUAUUUGCAAAUAAAAUGUGUUUUCACUCACUUUUUGCUUGUUAGUGUGCAAUUUCUCUCCAUAUGUAAACUUAUGUCUUCCUUUCAUCUGUGUUUCUAAACCAGGGAACUGCCUGGAUGUAGUUUUUGCAUUUUAGUGUAGAUGCUUAGCUAAACAGGAAGGAUAGAGCAGAGUACAGUCUGAUUCAUGGAGAAUAUUUCUGUAAAGGAACUUCCUAAGAUACUUUUAAUAAAUUCUAAGUGCUGUGAUAGUUUAGUUGGAUUCCAUGUAAAUAAAUAGCUGCUCUGAGCAGUUGCCAGAAGUCCUAAGAAAAGGGAAAGAAGGUGGUGAGGUAGUAGCAGAACUACUGUUUUAAAUAUGUUGUAGUCAUCAGACUACUACUUUUUUGAAUAUCUAGAUGAGUAACUUUUAAAGAAUCAGAACUGAGCACCUAUAAGACACACAGUGCUGCAUUUCCCCACCCCUGUGAGCUGAGACCGGCAAGUAUAUGGAGAAUACUGGUGAGAUCCUGACAGCUUAAGACUCCCCCUAUAAUCCUGCAUCCAGCUCUGAGGCCCCUAACACAAGAGGGAUGUGGAACUAUAGGAGUCAGGUCCAGAGGAAGCCACAGAGAUGAUCUGAGAACUGGAGCACCUCUGCUAUGAAGACAGGCUGAGACAGCUGGGCUUGUUCAGCCUGGAGAAGGCUCCAGGGAGACCUUAGAGCAGCUUCCAGUGCCUAAAGAGGCUACAAGAAAUCUGGAGAGGGGCUUUUUACAAGGACGUGUAGUGACAGGACAAGGGGGAAUGGCUUUAAAGUGACAGAGGGGAGAUUUAAAUUAGACAUUAGGAAGAAAUUCUUCACUGUCAGGGCAGUGAGACACUGGCACAGGUUGCCUAGAGAAGUUGUGGCUGCUGGAUGCAGCAGACUGUUACAGAUUUAUGAAAUGAACCCAUUUAAAAGCUUCAUCCAUACAUGCAGAGAAGUCAUAUACUUGCUGCUCAGCUCAGCACAUCUUUGAAUUUAUAGAUGUAAAGCAGACAAAAUUCUCAAUCACAUUAUGUUAAAAGUACUACAAAUGUCAUUCUUCUAUUUAUGUAGCAAUGGAUCAUAACAUUAAUUACACACUUCACAAGGAGCCAGCAGAGUUCUCAAGCUUUUCUUCCCUAAGACAACUUGUUAUAUUCCCCGAGGGAAAAGUUACCUGACUAUACAUAUCUUAUUCCUCUACGGAGGACCUCCAGGGGCAGUGCAGGGCCAACUAUGGAAGUGCUUUUUUAGGUCAAAAGGGGACUGCAUGUGGGACAUGGGGAAGAGCCUGAGUAGACAAGCAUGUCUGUGUGCAGGAGAGUGUGUAGAUGUGAUAUCAAAGCCAGAGCUUGGGCAGUAGAAGAGUUGAGAGGCAUUUCUAUUCAGGAAGAAGAAGAGGAGGCAUUAGCUCAGUUUUGGUUUGAAACAUCAGCUUUCCCUUCAUGAGGGACUACAGAAUUACUGUUGCAAGACAACCUCUUAGCUCUGCUAUGCUGCAGGAAUCCAGAGGCGCAAGAACUUCACAGAGGUACAUGGCUCCCCUUGUGCAUCGUUUGCAGCACCAAAGCUUAUCACAUUGCUUGUACCAGAUAAAGCUUUGUGUCAGUUCCCCUUAGCUCUCUUUCUGUGGCAGAAGCUCCCUUCCAGUCUUCACCUGCUCUGAUACACCUCUAUAAACAUUGUUUUUAAACUCUGCUUUGCUAACAUGUAAGGACUUGUGCUAUUGAGAUGGUAGUAAAGCCCGACUUCCCAAAAGUCCAACCUAACAUCCAGAGAUGGUGGUAGUUGAGCUGAAAUCCAAGCUUUUUUCUUUUUUCCCUAAAACAUUUAAAAGCGCCAAGAGAGUACCUGUGUUAGAAUAGUUGCAGGCAGCUACUGUCCCUCUUGUCUGGUUUCACUCACACAGUAAUAUCAGAAACCUCUGAGGUGUUAUAUUGAAAGGAGAAAGUUACACAUUUUAUGAAAGGGAGUUCAACAAUACACACCUGGAAAGAGCCUGAAUGCAGACAGAUCUGUCAGGCCAGAGCCUGUGACUCGCGCCUGAAUGGAUAGGAGGCCUGAUAUGGAACUGGGUUUAUCCCUGUACUGGCCCUGACCCCACACUUUCCUAUUAGCUACGUUUAAAAGGCCCAUUUGAAUUACCUGAUCAGUUUACUGAUUAUUUAACGUAUUAAUGAAGUAACAAAUUGGGCAAAUGAAGGAUUGAAAUCCAGGCCCUGUUACUGGACUGUAUAUAAUCAGAGGGAACUUUUAGGAAAAUAUACCAGAAAAGCAGUGUCCUGGGA